CAUGGUCACUCUAAUCGCUGUCUGCAAUUUACGUGUUUCCAACUUAACGCCCCCAAGUUAACAGCCGUAAUAAUUUGAAAGGAAAGGACCUCAGUCACAACACCAUGCGGAUCGAACCUGGGGACUCCUUUUGGACGAAAAAGGCGAUGUUUUCCAACGCUGAAAGGCUGUACUUUGAGACGGUCCGUCGGCGGAAGACCAGUCUUCCGGACUCCACCGCCCCACAGAAGCAGACCGUCCGCGCGCCCAACAAAGCCGCCGCACAGAAAGAGAAGACGAUGGCCGAGAUGACGCCAAACAAAAUUCUUUACUUGAAUCCGCUUACCAUGGAGGCAAACUUCUUUCUGCAGACCCUAAACUCAAUGAACAAUAUGACGAUGCCGCCGGAGAUGGACCCGCACUUGGCCAACCUGCUGGAGCGUAUUAUGGUGGGCAUCGAGAGCUACAUGGACAGGAAUCCCAAAUACGUUUUGCCUCAGGAGAUGGCCGCACCGGGUGAGGGCGUGGCCUUCGUCCAGCCCCAGGAACUGCAGACAAUAAAGCGAACAUUCAGCUGUAGUGCCUGCUGCAACCGCAUAGUGGGCACCAACGUCGCGAAAGCUUCGGCCCACCUUUGGGAGCAGCAUCCAAACCCCAAUCCCAACAAUCAGCCAGUCCAGCCGCAUACGACGCAUCAGAAGAAACAGGAGAAAAAGCAGGCCCAGGUGAAGGCUCGUCAGCAUAUAACAGUACGGCUACCCAAGAAGGCCAGGGCAAUGAUUGUGGGAGAGAUCACGAAUGUGUUCAAGGACAAAUACCCGAUAGCGGACAAGUUAAAGGUGAUUCCCGAGUACGACGUUAUCGAACAGGACCUGAGCAAGCUUUUGUCGCCGGGCUUUCCCAAGCAACCACUGCGAGUCUACAAGUUCGGGUCCCGCAUCACAGGCAUUGGGAAUCGAUCCUCGGACCUGGACCUCUUCGUCGACAUCGGCAACACAUUUCACACGUUCGAGCAUCGAGCUUCCAACGCUACCGUCGCCAAGCUGCGGGCUAUGAAGAAGUUCUUCUGCGUCAGCGAGGACUGGCGCCUUAUUAAUUUCAUCGAACAGGCGCGCGUGCCCAUCAUCAAGACGUGCCACUUACCAACCGGCAUCGAGUGCGACAUUUGCCUGAACAGCAUGGGCUUCUGCAAUACAAAUCUGCUCAAAUACAUAUUCGAGUCGCAGCCACUGACUCAAUAUAUGUGCAUAUAUGUAAAGAACUGGCUGGAGCGCUGCAAGCUGACUGAACAAAUAUCGACGUACAGCAUUACACUGAUGGUGAUUUACUUCCUGCAGCUCCAGGCUCUGCUGCCCCCCAUUGCCAUGCUGCAGAUAGAGGAUGCAGCUAAUCAGGCCGUACUCGUGGGUCCGUGGGUUGUCAACUUUGCACAAAAAUCGUUUAGCGAACUGCGAUUGCAGAAAUUGCAGGCGACCGUUCCCGUCAUCAAGAGCUUCCUUCGAAACUUCUUUGCCUAUUUCGCCAAAUUUGACUACGAGCAUUUCGUGGUCUGCCCAUAUAUCGGUAAGGCUAAUGUUGAAAUCCCGAAGGUUGAGAGGAUGCUGCAUGCUAGGUAUUCAGCAUAUGUGUCGGAGAACCCUGAAUGCUCGAUCCAGCUAAAAAAACCGAUGGUCGUACAGGAUCCCAUACAACUGAACCACAAUGUAACGAAAGCGGUGACCAAAUAUGGACUGCAGACUUUCGUUGACUACUGCCAGCAGACGGCGGAGCUGCUUGAGGAACCUUCGACCAAUUGGCGUCAGCGCUAUGCAUAUUAAAGAAAUCCCCGAUCAUCUGUCCCUGCAUCCAAUCUCAAUGCACUUCCGUUUAUCGUCUGUUAGGCUUCUACCUUGUGAGCGCGACACCAAUGUAGGUUUGUUCAGACUGUUAAUUAAAGGCGGUUGUCACGUUUCCACAAUAUA